CACCACAUUUCAGUCGGAAACCCGCCAUUUUAACCCAAACUAGAAGGAAAUGUGAGCAGGAAAAGUUCAGCUUUGUCGUAUUUAUCCUCAGUUGAAAGGUGUGAAGAGGUCACCUUCAAGCCGAAUUGUUCGGUAGGUGUUUGAAAACAGAAACCUUCUUUGAUUCAUGUUCUGAACGAGCCGGUUUUCAGCUGAGACAGAAGCGAACUAAAAAACCUCUGGAUUUUUAAACGGAGUGUGGUUUGUUGUUACCUGGGAUGGAGGUGGACAUCCUGGAGUUCAGGGUUCCGGUGGACAGCAACAAGACCGUGUUCGUUUGGGACAUCCCACCGGUUCUGACCCACGAUCAGGUUUAUGAGCAGCUGUUUCACGUCUUCUCCUCCUUUGGACCGAUCUACCUGUUGAAGGUGAGUCCUAAUGCUCCGCUCCACCCACCUGGUUUCUACGCCAUCAUCAAGUUCUACUCCGCUGCUCACGCUGCCACCGCUCAGAAGGUUACAGAUGGAUGCCCGCUGCUCCAGAACUCCGCCCUCAAGGUGAAGCUGAGUUCCAAACAGACUCCUCACUUCUCUUCUGGCAGAAACACUCCUCUGAGCCAUGCCCGCUGCCUGGAACUAGCCAAUCACUGCCUGGGCUUUAAUGGCUGGACCUGUGACAUCAUCACACUGAAGGAACUCACCAAUGAAGAAGAAGGUGAGGAUGCAGAAGAUGAGGGUGGAGUCAGACAGAGGAUAAGGUUCGGCUGUAUGAUGAAGCUCAGCUUCCCUCAGCAUGGAGUGAUGACCAGAGGAGCCGCAGUGGUAGAGGAGAGCUUCACCUGUACAGGUCCAGAGGUCCUCCUGCAGAGACGCUGUAAGCUGCAGAGGUCGGUCCGUGAGAAAGCCCUGGUCCAGGCCUUCUCCUCAGUGCUGCUCAUCCUUCUAGGUAAUGGUAAAGUGAUGGUGGAGCUGAAACAGACCUCAGAUCAGUUAGAAGCUGAUGAGACUGAAGACAUCCUGCAGGUGAACGAGUUUUCCCUGUCAGAGUGUCCUGCUGAUGAAGAGGAGGCUGAGGAUGAAGACUGGGAUCUGACCGUGUCUUAGACUCUCUAGUGAUUGUGAAUUGGACUGAGCUUGUUCACAGAACCGAUCUGAGGUCAGCUGCAGGUGUGUCUGGUGGACAACAGAACCUGAGAUGAACUGAAGCUGUGAUCUGGUCUGGUGUACCUGACUGGGGGACGGUGUACCCAGGGCGCACUCAGAGAAGAACAUCAAACCCGGAAUAAAAAUGUUUGUUUAAUGUCUAAUAAAUUAAUUGUUAUAAUAAAAUUGUAGUGGCUGAA